AAUAAAUAGAUGUAAAAUAAAAAAAAAAGGAGGAAUGUGAAUGUAGGGUAAUGGAGUUGUGUUGUGUAAACGUAGUGGUAAGGGUGAGCAGUAUAGAGGCUGUUGUCCAAUGAAUGGUAGAAUUGGAUCCAAUGGCAUAGUUGGAGAAAGGUGGGCGUAUAAAUGGAAAUCAGGCGUACAUAUAGCAGGUUGAAAAAACUGAUCAGGAUGCCGUACCAGAAAAACAUGAACGAGGAAGCCAAAGCCAAAACCAGAAAACCCAAACCCAGUUUAAUUUCCUCCAUCAACACCAGUUCCCAGACACUCUUCUCCGCCAUGGCGCGAAAACCACUUCUCAAGCAAACCCUAGCUACGCUCUUCCUCCUCUUCGUCCUCUAUGCAAUAUUCAACGCCUUCUUCCACCCUACCUAUUCCUCCGCCUUCGAUUCCCCCUUCUCCUUCAACUCCGCCUCCUCCGUCCUCCUCGCUGCCAGCGGCGCCAAAUUCCCCACCGUAAAAGUCUUCCUUUACGAUCUCCCCAGCAGGUUCACCCACGGUGUCAUCCGCCACCACGCCCUCGCGCGUGGUGCACACUUCUCCAAAAAACACGAUGACGUCUCCUCCCUCAAGUACCCUGGCCACCAGCACAUGGCCGAGUGGUACCUCUUUGCCGAUCUCUCCCGAGCCGAUUCCGACCGAUCAGGUUCGCCCGUGGUUCGCGUCAUGGAUCCCGAGGAGGCCGAUUUCUUCUUCGUGCCGUUCUUCUCGUCGCUGAGUCUGAUCGUGAACCCGCCUCGACCUCCCGGCUCGGGUGCCAGUUUGGAGAAACCGAUCUACAGCGACGAGGAGAAUCAGGAGGCGCUGGUGGAGUGGCUUGAGGAGCAGGAGUAUUGGAAGAGGAGCAACGGGAGGGACCACGUGAUCGUGGCUUCGGAUCCGAAUGCGAUGUACCGGGUUAUCGACCGGAUAAAAAAUUGUGUGCUGCUUGUCUCAGAUUUCGGGCGGUUGCGACCCGACCAGGGAUCGCUGGUGAAGGAUGUUGUUGUACCCUACUCGCACCGUAUCAAAACGUACUCUGGUGAUGUCGGUGUCGCCGAUCGCAAGACCUUGUUAUUUUUCAUGGGCAAUCGGUAUCGCAAAGAGGGAGGGAAAAUCCGUGAUAUACUCUUUCAAAUUCUUGAAAAUGAGAAGGAUGUCAUAAUAAAGCAUGGAGCACAAUCCAGAGAGAGUAGGCGGGCAGCUUCACAAGGAAUGCAUACAUCAAAAUUCUGUUUACAUCCUGCUGGAGAUACUCCAUCAGCCUGCCGACUGUUUGAUGCUAUAGUUAGCUUGUGCAUUCCAGUCAUUGUCAGUGAUAGUAUUGAGUUGCCUUUUGAAGAUACUUUAGACUACAGAAAAUUUGCUGUGUUUGUAGAAACUACUUCUGCUAUAAAACCAGGAUAUUUGGUGUCAAAAUUGAGAGCUGUGUCCAAACAAAAAGUCUUAGAAUACCAAAAGAAACUAAAGGAGGCAGGCAUGGCUGAUGCUAAGGGUAUUUCUACUCCUGUUCAAGGUGGCUUAAAACUCAGCAGAACACUGGAAGGCAGUCAAACAUAUACUGUGCUAUCUCAAGGGCACCAUUUGUUAUGCUCUGAAACCUUCAUCCUGCUUCUAAUUCUGCCCAGUACACUCUCACUGCAUACUGUGAUGCAGAUUGAGCAUCAGAGGUUAAUGACAGAAGAUCAACCUCUGGUGGUUGUAUAUUCUUUGGAAAUAAUCUGGUCUCCUAGUGGUCUAAGAGACAAACACCGGUUGCCUGUUCAACCACUGAAGUGGAAUAUAGAAGCCUUGCAAUUACCGCAUCUGAAAUUUUGUGGCUGCAGUCUCUUCUAAAGGAGUUAAAUAUUCCCUGUCCUACACCUAUCAUUUACUGCCACAACCAAAGCACUGUUACCCUCCGUCAUAACCCCGUGUUACACACUAGAACAAAGCACAUGGAGCUGAAUAUCUUUGUUCGGGAAAAAUUGCUGGAUUCCUCCUUAGUUGUUAUUCAUAUUCCUGCCCAGGAUCAACUUGCUGAUAUAUUGAAAAACUCCCUUUCUCAAGCUCAUUUCUUUUUUCUGCGUUCCAAACUAAGUUAUUAAUUAUUUUCAAUAACUUUGGGUUUGAGGGGGACUGUUAGGAUACACAUAAUUCUGUUAGAAUCUGAUGUUUUUAUUUGUCUGCGUUAUUUUCUGAUUUGGCAUUCUGUUAGCUUGUUAGCAGUAUUAUCUUUUCAUUUCUGAUUUUUAGUAUUUACAAAUAUUCUGUUAUAUAUAAGACCAUGUAUUCAGGGUUACAAGGUUAAGGUGAAUAAUAUUUUUCAUUCUUCGGUGA